CGAGCUAAGUGAGCCACACGAGCGGCUUCUUCGUUUCUCGGUGUUUAUCCGCUGCCGAAUCAAACCCAAAACCCUAGGAGAGCAAAAAUUCUGCUAAAACCCUCAAAUGGCUGCGUCUGAGGAACACGAUCCGAUGUCUCCCCAAAGCCCUCCGUCCUUCUUCCCCAAAAUCCAAUUCAAAUUCCCAUUUCUGAACCACAAACCAAAACUCGAAUCCGAUGACAAUUUAGCGAAGCCCGAGACGACGGAAAGCGGCGGUGGCGGAGAGGCCGAGGAUCGGAGUGUUGCGAGAGUGUCUUUUCCGUAUUCGCAUCCGAAGUUUGUGGAGCCACUGGAGGCGGAGGCCGAGUUUAGCUCCGGGAGGACUUCGAACUCUGUGGUUCUUUGGCAGGUGUAUGCGCUUGGAGGGUUUCUUGUCCUGAGGUGGGUUUGGGCGAGAUGGAACGAGAGGAAAGAAAGAAGAAACAAAAAGGAUAAACCCGAAGGUGACGAUGAGAUUCAUCCUGCAGAUGAAAACUAACUGGCAAUGUCUUUAAGUGUUUCAAGAUCUCCUCUUCCUGUUAAGAACGGUGAAAGUUUAGUUUAUAUUAUUAUUAUGCUUUAAGAUUCCUUC